CUGCAACAGCCACCUCUUUAUCGCUUCUAUUUUUCGCCUCGCAUUCUGUAUUCUUAGAAAACUCAACUUUUAUAAUGAGUCGGUUCUUUGGCAGCAGACGCAAUGCGCUUAUCACCCUGGCAUCGGCUGUCACUAUAUCACUGGUAGCCUACCUAGCAUAUGAGGUGUAUCAGGAAUCAAAGGACGAGCACGACGGCACCGACAACGACGACACUCAGCAGGACCAUGCGGACGAGGCCGUGAUGCUGGAGCACGUCGAGGAGGUUAUCCAAAUAGCCGAGUCGAUGCCGACCUCGCCUGUUGCGGCAUCGCCACCAAAGCUCAAGCGGCGACUGGCAAUCAGCGCGCGCGGGAUUCUGUUCAACUCGUCAAACCCCAGCGACAAGUGGUCAGCAGAUAUCGACAUUAACCCACAGGCGCGCAUGGCCCUUGCACGGCUAGCCAGUCUGUAUGAGUUGUAUGUUGUUGUGGUCGUUCGCUCCGACGAUGACAAGCAGCAGAUCAUCCGGGCACUGGAGAAUGCUGGCAUCUUGGAGACAACGAUCGGCGAUAGCACAGUGUGGGUGGAUAGCGAGUCGCAGCGCUCGUCGAUUAGCGAUGCGCCGUCAUCAGAAAUUUCGGCAAUAUUAAACUCGUCGAGCUCGAUCCCACCGCCGUCGCCGACCCGCAGGACUGGGCUAAUGUCGGCAUCCAAUGUGCUGUUCUGCCAGACAGAGGAAGGAAAAGCACAUUUGGUCCGCCAUUUGCUGACCCUCAACGGUGCUUCAAAGUUCACUCGUCCGCGCGCGCACGCCGGGUAUGCUGGAUAUAUUGAUACUAACCAUGACGUUGUAAACCAUCUGGCAGGCGUGCUUCACAGUGUCACGCACGUCGUACCCGGUGCUCCCACGGCCACGCUCAUCUCCAGGGGCGAGGUGCCUGGCAUGCUGACAGCAUACACAAAGACCGAUGACAACCCAGCCCCUGCGGCGUCGGCCGGUCCGAGCAGCGUCUCCAAGUCUGUCGAGGUGGUCAGCGAUAUCGCUGAGUCGACGCUUUAUCUGUAGCCAAGAAUUCUAAAGACUGUUGUUUUAGUUUACUUUAAAAGAUUCUGGUAGCUGUUCUCAAAUGCCUCUCUCUCGUCGUCGCUGACAAAUUUUGAUGCUCUCCAGAA